AUGGCAGGCGAGGAAGACCCUAGCAAGAAGCAACCUGCUUCCUCGCCUGAGAGCUCUCGCCAGCGGCCCGAUGACGAUAAUCCUUUUGUCGCAUUUCGUCGAUUCGCCGACGAACAAAUUUCCUCCAUGCUCCAGUCUGUAAUGGGCAUUCCCUCUUCCUCGACAGCUCCACGAUCAGACCAAUGGUCCGUUUUCACCGAAGACCAAAAUUACCGCGACGCCCGGCGCCAAAACUAUAACACCAAUGACGCAAACAAUAGAGAUGGAACGUUGGGCUCAGGAAAUCAAGGCUCCCCUUCAACGCAAAACGGUACUAAUUCCAACAACAUAUCACCAAGCUCGCCGUCGAGAUCAGAGCGCUCUAGUUUGGGAAAUUCGUUCGAUAUGGAUAUGUUCUUUAACUCGUUUUUCGAUCGCUUCUUGCUCGACUUCUUCCAGCCGUCCCACCAGACCUUCUUUUCUCCCCUCGUGAGCUCCGAUUCCGCCUAUUGGCCUGUCAACUAUCUCAUGUUCAGCCCUUACUCGCCGCUACACCUCGAGCGCCAGGCGCGUUACCGGUCUCAUCGUGAGCAGGGUGUUUUAUCGUCGUUGAUAUCAUCUAUGGGACCCUCUCCCGAUCCCGAUCCCGAAGAACCAAGAUGGCGCGAAGCUUUUGAGGAUCUAUUGCGACUUGAGAAUGGAAUGCCUAUGCUAGACCGCGAGCCAGGUCCAGUUGCCAAACAGGAAUCCGGGAAGGAGUGGAUACAUAACCUGGUCAAACGGGGCAGUCUGGGGAGCCAGUGGAAGUUUGUUUCUGGAUCUGACAAACAUCCGUGGUCGAGCAUUACAUUGGAGCGCUCGGAGGAUACUAAAGAAGAGGGCCGCCCCUUGAAGGGGACAGAGAGGACUGAUUGGGCCGCGGAAGAUACGAACGCUAAACAGCUUACGGAACUGGAUCUAUACGACCGCUUUCUUGCGGACAUUGAUGCCCGCGAGAAGGAAUUUUUCGGCGAUUUCCACCACAGCCCUCUUCUGCGGUUGCUUAUCGAUGACAGGCUCGGGGCCAUAAACGGCGUCCUAUCCGCUGAAAGAGAGUCUAGCGACGACACAGAGAGCUGGUUGGAGCUUGUAUCCGGCGGGAAUAAACAUUCUACCCCCGAAUCUACCGAAGUCGCUCACCCGCCGACCACAGCAGAAGAGAAAUCCCCGGCGGAAAACUUCGUGCUAUCGACCCAAGUUAGCACAGACCGCGUCCGUCUCCCGGAUGGCUCGAUUCAAACGAAAACCGUGAAAACCAAGAGGUUCGCCGAUGGCCGUGAGGAAACGAACGAAUCGACCGAGGUUGUCAAUCCGCCUCAACACGACCAAGGCUCUUCGUCUGGCGAGAAGAAAAACGGGUGGUUCUGGAAAGACUAG